AUGUCUGCCCCGUUGAGCGAGGCCGAAGAAGCCCAAUACACGUCGAUCAUCGAUGCCAUUCUAGCUACUGCUGAUUUGGCAACGGUAUCACGAAAGAAGGUCAGGCAAGGACUGGAGAAGGCCCUCGGUGGAAAAGACCUUGCCGAUCAAAAGGCGGCCAUAAAAUCUCUGAUUGAGGCCCGCUUCGAUGCUAUCAGCACCGGAUCGCAAGGCGGCGCCAUCCCGACCCCUCCCUCGGCCCCGCUGCCCUCCUCGGAUCUCGUCCGACCUUCCCCCAAGCGCGAGCGAAGCUACGAGGCCAACGGCCAUGCCAUUUCAGACGGCGACGACGCCGAUGGCGAGAUCCGCGUCUCUACCGAGCCCGUGAAGAAGAAGCAGAAGAGAGAUUCGUCGACUGUCGAGGACGCGGACGCCCGCCUGGCCGCUCAGCUGCAGGCUCAGGAGAACCGCCUUGCGCUUGGUAGAACCACCCGCGGCGGAGGCUCGGCCAAACCUAAGAAGAAGGCCCCCAAGAAGAAGAGCGCCGCCAAGGUCAAGGAUGAUGAGGAUAGUGACGUCGGCAGCGACGAGAGCGGCGUCAAGAAGCGCAAGGCCGGAGGUGGCUUCCAGAAGCCGUUCAACCUUAGCUAUCCUCUGGCAGACCUUGUUGGAGAGUCCCAGCUCUCGCGACCCCAGGUCGUCAAGAAGCUCUGGGAGCACAUCAAGGCAAAUGGACUCCAGGACCCGGCCAACAAACGAACAAUCAUCUGCGACGACAAGAUGCAGGCCGUCUUCAAGCAGGCCCGCGUCGACAUGUUCCAGAUGAACAAGCUGCUCGGCAACGAGCUCUAUCCUCUCGAGGAGGAAGCAUGA